CCGGAAGUUGUACUUGCAACCCUGCAUUCCCUCUCCCACAAUACCUCGCGCUCUUUCUCUCCAGCUUGGGCCGGGCACAAUGGCUCCCGCCAAGAAGGGUGGCGAGAAGAAGAAGGGCCGCUCCGCCAUCAACGAGGUGGUGACGAGGGAGUACACCAUCAACAUCCACAAGCGCAUCCACGGAGUGGGUUUCAAGAAGCGUGCCCCUCGGGCACUCAAGGAGAUCCGGAAGUUUGCUGUGAAGGAGAUGGGGACUCCAGAUGUGCGCAUUGACACCAGGCUGAACAAAGCUGUCUGGGCCAGAGGAAUAAGGAACGUCCCGUACCGGAUCCGGGUGCGGCUGUCCAGGAAGCGCAAUGAGGACGAAGAUUCUCCAAACAAGCUCUACACGCUGGUCACCUACGUGCCCGUCACCACUUUCAAGAAUCUGCAAACAGUUAAUGUGGACGAGAACUGACUGCUGAGUGUCAAAUAAAGUUAUAAAACGGCC